GAAAGUUUACCCUUUCACAUGGAUUUCAAAGACAGUUUUUUCAGUUUGAUUAAACAUCUUUCUGAAGGAAAUGUACAGCUUACAGAUUUUGAUGAACAGGAAGAUAUUUCAAAAAUAAAUUUAGCUGCAGGCUUGAACCUCUUUCAAGGGGACAUCCUCCUGCAGAAGUCCAGAAAUGGCCUGAGAGACCCAAACACCAGGUGGAAGUUUCCCAUUCCUUACAUUCUGGCCGACAACCUGGAACUGAAUGCCAAAGGAGCCAUUCUCUAUGCCUUUGAAAUGUUCCGUCUCAAGUCCUGUGUGGAUUUCAAGCCAUAUGAAGGAGAGAGUUCAUAUAUUAUAUUUCAGCAGUUUGAUGGGUGCUGGUCUGAAGUUGGUGACCAGCAUGUAGGUCAGAACCUUUCUAUUGGUCUGGGGUGUGACUACAAGGCCAUCAUUGAACAUGAGAUCCUGCACGCGUUGGGAUUCUAUCAUGAACAAUCAAGGACAGACCGAGAUGACUAUGUCAAAAUCUGGUGGGAUGAAAUUAUUCCAGGUUAUGAACACAACUUUAAUACCUAUGAUGACGACUUCAUCACGGACCUCAACACACCCUAUGAUUACGAGUCUUUGAUGCACUAUGCACCUUUCUCAUUUAAUAAGAAUGACAGUGUCCCUACCAUCACGGCCAAGAUCCCUGAGUUUAACUCCAUCAUUGGGCAGCGCCUGGAUUUCAGUGCCAUUGAUUUGGAGCGGCUGAACCGAAUGUACAAUUGCACCACCACCCACACCCUUUUGGACCACUGUAAUUUUGAGAAGGCAAAUAUCUGUGGGAUGAUUCAGAGCACCAGAGACGACGCUGACUGGGUCCACGAGGACAGUGUUCAGGUUGGACAACUGGAUCACACCUUGCUGGGACAGUGCACAGGUGCCGGUUACUUCAUGUACUUCAACACCAGCAUGGGGUCAGAAGAAGAGGCAGCACUACUGGAGUCUCGGAUCCUUUACCCAAAGAGGAAACAGCAGUGCCUGCAGUUUUUCUAUAAAAUGACAGGAAGCUCUUCUGAUAGACUCGUUGUCUGGGUCAGGAGGGAUGACAGCACAGGCAAUGUUCGCAAGUUGGUCAAGCUGAAGACCUUUCAAGGAGAUUCAGACCAUAACUGGAAAAUUGCCCAUGUGACGCUCAAAGAAGAAAGGAAAUUUCGCUACCUUUUCCAGGGCACAAAAGGUGACCCUCAAAACUCAAGUGGGGGAAUUUACCUGGAUGACAUUACUCUGACAGAAACCCCCUGCCCCACAGGGGUUUGGACAAUACGAAAUUUCUCUGAAGUCCUUCAGAACACAAGUAAAGGGGACCAAUUGCACAGCCCUCGAUUCUAUAAUUCAGAGGGAUAUGGCUUCGGGUUGACCUUAUACCCACAUGGCAGGAUAAACUCCAGUUUCUCUGGCUACUUGGGACUUAAUUUUCACUUGUGCAGUGGAGAAAAUGAUGCUAUCUUGGAGUGGCCAGUGGUAAACAGACAACUGAUCAUGACCAUACUUGACCAGGAGCCUGAUGUCAGGAAUAGAAUGUCCUCCACGCUGAUCUUUACUACCUCCAGUUUCGAGAUAUUUCCAGGGAUGAAUUACUCUACUAUCUGGAACAGGCCAUCCAUUGAGGGGUCCUACGAUGAUGACUGCCAAUGUUAUCGAAGCAGCGGCCUGAGCUGGAGUAGACUCAUCUCCCACCAAAUGCUGAAAAGGAGGAGUUUCCUUAAGAAUGAUGACCUCAUCAUUUUUGUAGACUUUGAAGAUAUUACCCACCUUAUCAAGACUGAAGUUCCCACUAAAAACGAAAGGAUGGUCCCUCAAGGCCUCAUUCUCCAAGGCCAAGAGCAGACCUCCAAAGAAGGUUCUGGGAAGACUGUAUUAGAGGAAGCCCCUCCUGAUAGCCUGGGCCAGGAGUCGAUCAGCCGACAGAAGCGGUCAGUGGAGAAUGCAGGCCCCAUGGAAGAUCAGAACUGGCCACAGUACUUCAGAGACCCAUGUGACCCUAACCCUUGCCAAAAUGAAGGCAUCUGUGUGAAUGUGAAGGGGAUGGCGAGCUGCAGGUGUAUUUCUGGUCAUGCCUUCUUCUACACGGGUGAGCGCUGCCAGGCCUUGCAGGUGCAUGGCAGUAUCCUAGGCCUGAUGAUUGGAGGCACAGCUGGUGUGAUCUUCUUGACCUUCACUACCAUCUCCAUCCUUUUCCAAAGGUCAAAGCAGUGACCUGCCUGGUGAUGUUGGCCAGACCCCAGAAACACCUCCUCUACUCAGAUCUUCCCUUCCAUGACCAGUGAAGUUUGGGGCAGCUUUUUCUUUAUCAACUAUGUUUUAAAUAGAGGUGUCAAAGACCAGUGUCCUUAACUUUAUGUGUGGCCCUCAUCAUUUGAUGUCCCAAGAUGAUUUUGCUACCCUACUAAAUGCUCCCAGUGUAUCUAGUGUGUUCUGUGACAAUACUGAUGACACUUAGUUGUAAAUUGCUUAUUUAGUCAACUGUCUUUCCCAUAGAGUGUAAGCUCCAUGAGGGC